ACCACCUUAGGAGCUUUGAGAAAGGUCUCAAGACAAUGGAGAAGAUCACUACUCUUUCCUAUCACCUCAAUACAACAGAUGUAUCUGGAAAUAAUGGCUCUACGAAUAUUGACAAGUAUGCAGAGCUGAAAAAGUCUCUCAACACCAUGACUAUCAUUUUUUACUCUCUGGCCUUUGCCCUUGGUGUGCUCGGGAAUGGAUUGGUUAUCUGGGUGGCCGGGUUCAAGAUGAAGAAAACCGUCAACACAGUUUGGUUCCUCAACCUGGCGGUGGCCGACUUCCUCUUCACAGCGUUCCUGCCCCUGACUGUGACCUCCAUAGCUAUGAAUUUCCACUGGCCUUUCGGCAGGUUUAUGUGCAUACUUCGUUCCAUUAUAACCUUUCUGAACAUCUUUGCCAGUGUCUACAUUCUGGUUGUGAUCAGUGUGGACAGAUGUGUGUCUGUGGUGUGGCCCGUCUGGGCCCAGAACCACCGGAGUGUACGCAAGGCGUCCUAUGUGAGUCUGGGUGUUUGGGUACUGGCUCUGAUUCUCAGCACUCCAUACUUCAUCUUCAGGGACACUGAGCCGUCACAUUUAGAUAAGGACGUCAUCAUUUGCUUCAACAACUUAACUUUUUCUGAUGAUUAUAAAACACCGUCUCAGCUGCGACAGUUUGAUCAUCCAGCAUUGACCAUCACUGGCUUCCUCCUGGGAUUUCUUGUCCCCUUCACUGUCAUUGUCUCCUGUUAUGCCAUGAUAAUCCAUCGUCUCAGACGACACGAAGCCCUGUCCAGCCUGUCAAGUCGCACCUUUAAGAUCAUCGCCGCUGUAAUCACUACUUUUUUCCUGUGCUGGGCGCCCUUUCACAUCAUGGCUUUAAUUCAGAUGGUGAAUUUUAUACUUCCAUAUCGUAGUGAAACAUUAACCUAUGUCACCAUUAUCGGGAUCCCUGUAACCACCGGCCUGGCCUGUAUCAACAGUGUUCUGAACUCUAUGCUGUAUGUGUUCAUAGGACAAGAUUUCAAGGAUAAAAUCUGUAAAUCCAUCCCAACUGUGUUGGAGACUGCCUUCCAGGAAGAGGUUUCUGGGUCUCACACCGACACAAAGUUAGUGGACUCAGCUAAUACUGAAGUAUAAGGCUGACCAUGACACAAAGAAACAAAUACUGACACUGUACAUCGCUAAAUGUAUAUAUGAAAUUAUUUUUUUGCUUUUGUUGUAUAAUAAUAAUAACUUGCCUUUAUAUAGGGCCUUUCAAGAAACCCAAGGAUACUUUACAUGAAUAUAGGGAGACAAAAAAAGAAACUAAACACAAGAAGAGAAAAAGCAAAACCAGCCAGAUAGCUGCAGUGACCCUCAAGAACAAGGACCCUCCAUGCGAGCUGUAAACAUUACCUAAGAUUAAAGCAUUCCAACCUGACUUAGUUAAAUUAAUAUGAGUUUUACUCCAUGGUUGUCUAACUGAUCAUAUCUACACCUACAGUAUUUACAAUCUGAUGGAAUGAACUGAUGGUAAUAUUGUACAAUGAGUAAUGAUGCCUUUUGUGAGCUAAACCUUUGUUGUAGUGAAAUGUUUUUAAUCAUACAGCAAAUGGCUACAAGAGAUCUACGCCGUUUGUUUGUCGGCUGCUCGUUGAAUCACAGCAGUGCCUUCAGUCUGUACCAUAAUAGAUUGUUAAAUGACAUUUCCUAGAAAAAAGGAACUCAGCAGUUGUUUCCAAAUAGGUAUUACAUGAGUUUAUGGUUAAAUUUGUGCAACACAAGCAGCAGAAAAAAAUAAAG